AUGCCUGCGCUCGUACUUUUGCUCGCCCUGAGCUCGGCGACAACGGUUCAUACAGCACCCUCUUCCCCCAGAGCAGCAGCACCCAAAUACUCGAUCUCGUGGUCCAACUGCACCGAAAUCAACCUGCCGAACCUCCAAUGUGGAACCAUGCAAGUGCCGCUGGGCUGGUCUCAGCCCGACGGCGCGCAGAUCAGCCUCUUCAUGACCAAGAUCAAAUCAACCUCGACCACCAGUCCUGGAAAAAGUCUGCUCUGGAAUCCCGGCGGUCCCGGAGUCACGGCGAGCACAACUUGUCAAUUGAUCGGAGCCGGCCAGCUCGCGUACUUCAGUCCUGCCCUGUACGAGCACUUCGACAUCAUUUGUCCGGACCCUCGAGGCGUGGGCCAGAGCACGCCCGUGAAGUGUGACCCGGCGAUAUACAAUCAGAUGCCACAACUCUUUGUCGACGACGCCACGUCGUUCCAGAAACUGGCCGACUGGAAUCAUGCGUUUGGGAACAGCUGUCUCAACAUGACGGGGAAUCUGCUCCGACACGUCGACACCACCUCGGCCGCACAUGACCUGGAGGCCAUCCGGCUGGCCCUCAACCAAGGCAAUAUGAAUUGGUUCGGUAAUUCGUACGGCUCACAGCUGGGAGCCGCGUACGCGGAGCUCUACCCCCGAAAUGUUCGAGCGCUGGUGCUGGACGGGGUGGUCGAUCACAGCCUCUUGGAGACCGUGGCCUUAUCGACCCUCGCCACGACAUAUGAAGCCGAACUCAACCGCUGGUUCCAAUGGUGUCAAGCAAACACGUCGUGCGCCCUCCACGGCCAGGAGAACAUCCCGCAAUUGUUCGACAACCUCAUCGCCCAAGCAAACAGGGCUCCGAUUCCAGCCCCGGGCUGCUCGAACGCAUCAGGCACCGCGUCCGCAGGCACCUGCCAGCCCAGUGUGACGGGAUACGACAUGAUCUUCAACGCGCAAGGAGCCUACCUGUCUGACCCGCGUCUAACGGGCUGGGUGACUUUCGGCGUCGGGCUCAACCAAUCCCUGUCCGGCAACGCGACGUUACUCUCCAACGCCGUGCAGACCAGCGUCUCUAACGACGCCUUCUCCGGCAUCGCCAUCGGCUGCCUAGACUGGAUCGCCAGCCACAGUCUGUUCCCCGAACACCAGGCACUGCAGCAGCUCGGCUCGGUGGUGGCACCGCAUACGCUCGGCGCGAAUCAAUUCUUCCAGUACAGCAGCUGGUGCUUCAACUGGCCGGUUGCCAUCGCCAAUCCUCCACACUCGUUGAACACCUCGCAAGUGGCGCAGCUGCCGCCUGAGUCGGUCUUGCUUGUCAACGCCGAAUACGACCCUGAGACUUCGUACGUGUGGGCGCAGGGGUUGAAAGAUCAGCUGACAACUUCUGGCCGAGAUGGGGACGAUAAGGCGGUGGUAUUGACGAGAAGAGGCGAUGGACACACCAGCUACGCCAUACAGGGCCAAGCUGCCAGGACCAUGGAUGCGUUCUGGAUGAACAGGACUGUGCCGGGCAACGGGACUGUGGUUGACUCUUGA